CCACCAGUUCCUGAGACACAACUGACAAAAUCCGCCAUGUGCCACUUUUCAGGUCUCCUCACACUGCUGGUGGUUUGAAUUUUUUUGACAUAGGGUGCUGGCAGAUUACGGGCCUCCUAUAGCUGCUGCCAGGCCCCUAAUCUGCCAUAGGGCCCCUAUCAGAACCGCCUCCAUCAUGCUGCUGCCCAAGGUCCAGAGUCUCUCAUGGGCCCUGUACGGCCUCCCAUUGCUGCUGACUCUCAUCCAUCGCCACAGCUGCCAUGUGCCACUUUCAGGUCUCUUCACACUGCUGGUGUGUUAAAUUUUUUGAC